AUGGCGGCCUCCGCGUCCUCCCUCCUUGCAGCCGCCGCAUCCUCAUCCUGCGCGGCCAUCUCUCCCCGGCUCCCUCGUGGAGCUCCGGCCGCCGCCUCCGUCCCCUCGCCGUCGCGUCACUCCUGCUAUUCCCUCCGCGCUUCCCCUGCGAGGCGCCAUCGGAGCCGCUUCGUAGCCAGCACCGCUCCCACGAUGCAGCCUCCGGCGGAGUCCAGGGUCUCCACGGUAGUCGAUGUCGACCUCGGCGACCGUAGCUAUCCGAUUUACAUCGGCGCAGGCCUUCUCGACGAACCGGACCUGCUGCAGAGGCAUGUUCAUGGUAAGAGGGUUCUGGUGGUGACCAACACGACCGUCGCGCCGCUUUACCUCGAGAAGGUGACAUGGGCACUCACCCACAACAACCCGAAUGUGUCAGUGGAGAGCGUGAUCCUGCCCGACGGCGAAAAGUACAAAGAUAUGGACACGCUGAUGAAGGUCUUUGACAAGGCAGUAGAGUCCCGGUUUGACCGCCGGUGCACAUUUGUAGCACUGGGUGGUGGCGUCAUUGGGGACAUGUGUGGGUUUGCAGCUGCUGCAUUCCUCCGCGGCGUCAAUUUCAUACAGAUACCAACUACUCUGAUGGCCCAGGUGGAUUCAUCUGUUGGUGGGAAAACCGGGAUUAACCACCCACUCGGGAAGAACUUGAUUGGGGCAUUCUACCAGCCACAAUGUGUUCUAAUUGACACAGAUACACUGAACACAUUGCCUGACAGGGAGCUGGCUUCAGGCAUCGCCGAGGUAGUAAAGUAUGGGCUCAUAAGGGAUGCACCAUUCUUUGAGUGGCAAGAGAAGAACAUGCCGAAAUUGUUAGCAAGAGAACCAAAUGCUUUGGCCUAUGUUAUCAAGAGAUCAUGUGAAAACAAAGCUGAGGUGGUUGCACAAGAUGAGAAGGAAAGUGGUCUACGAGCAACACUAAACCUGGGUCACACAUUUGGCCAUGCUAUCGAGACUGGGCUUGGAUAUGGAGCAUGGCUCCAUGGGGAGGCUGUCGCAGCUGGAACAGUUAUGACAGCUGAUAUGUCUUACCGCCUGGGGUGGAUAGAUGAGUCCCUAAAAAAUCGUGUGGUUGACAUACUAAAGCAAGCCAAGGUUCCCAUUGCACCUCCAGAGGCCAUGACCGUGGAGAAGUUUAAAAACAUCAUGGCUGUUGACAAGAAGGUAGCUGAUGGUCUGUUGAGACUCAUCCUUCUGAAAGGACCACUAGGGUGCUGUGUCUUUACGGGGGAUUAUGACCGGAAUGCACUCGAUGAAACCCUUCAUGCAUUCUGCGACAACUGA